CUCUUUUCCAAAAUUAAAUUUAGUUCUUGAACGUUACACGGAGACGGAGCACACAGCCGCUGGCGGCCGACGUUCACAGGUAGCACUACCAUGCCGUCCGAGCGCGGUGUUGCCUUUCUUUCAUCACGGCUCGUAGUUGACGUCGGCUGUGGUUGGAUUAUGGGAUUUUAUAACCUCACUUCCACCUAAAGAAUCAUUCACUGCUCCGAUAUUAUUUUUGAUAGAAAAUUGUAUUUAUUAUUUACGUUAUUCAUUAUAUAAGCCAGAAUGGUGUUUAAAAUUAUAAGAAAGAAUAUUAUGAUCGUAUUAUAUCACAAUUCCAAAUCUAGAGAGUUCAAAAACCUCAGAACAUACGGUUCGGUAUUCGUAGGAGCCAUGGCACUCUUUUCAACCAAAGUGGAGACAAAAGAAUUCAUGGCAGACCCGAUUACGCCUUGGGAUAAACUCCGAAAAAAUCCAAAUUCAAUGAAGGCAAAAAUGGAACUUAUGAUUAUGAAAGUGCAGAAAGAUUUCUGUAGAGCUUUAGAAAAGGAAGAAGAUUCUGAGUUCAAGUUUCUUGUUGACAGGUGGGAACGUAAGGAAGGAGGUGGUGGAAUAACAUGUGUCCUUCAAGAAGGCAAAGUCUUUGAAAAGGCAGGUGUCAACAUUUCUGUGGUGUCAGGAACAUUGCCAAAGCUGCUGUUGCACAGAUGCGAUCUAGGGGCAAAAAUUUAUCAGGUGAAGCUAAAGAAAAUAUGAUUUGACUACUCUAUUUAGCUUUUUUGCUAAAACAGCAUUAAAGCUGAGAUAAUAAUAGCACAAUCUUUAUUCCCAUCAGGC